GUUCUGGGAUAGCGAUGGGGACGCCCGGGACCUCGGCGGGCUCUCUGUUUCUGCCCUCCGCGUCCGCGCCCCCGAGGAAGCGCGCGGCUGGGGAGGCCGGGGUUGCGAGAAGCAAGCAGCGGGUUCUGGAUGAAGAAGAGUACAUCGAGGGACUCCAGACAGUCAUCCAGAGAGAUUUCUUCCCUGAUGUGGAGAAGCUGCAGGCACAGAAGGAAUACUUGGAGGCUGAGGAAAAUGGAGAUUUGGAGCGUAUGCGCCAGAUUGCCAUCAAGUUUGGCUCUGCUCUGGGCAAGAUAUCUCGGGAACCUCCACCACCCUAUGUUACUCCGGCCACCUUUGAAACUCCCGAGGUACAUGCAGGCUCUGGUGUGGUGGGCAGCAAGCCCCGGUCGCAGGGCCGGGACCUAGAUGAUGGAGAGGCUGCAGAUGAGGAGGAGAAGGAACCGCUGCCCAGCCUGGAUGUCUUCCUGAGCCGCUACACAAGUGAGGACAAUGCCUCCUUCCAGGAGAUCAUGGAGGUGGCCAAGGAAAAAAGCCAUGCCCGUCAUGCGUGGCUCUACCAAGCUGAGGAGGAGUUUGAGAAGCGACAGAAAGAUAAUCUUGAACUCCCAUCGGCAGAGCACCAAGCCAUUGAGAGCAGUCAGGCUGGAGUAGAGACCUGGAAGUAUAAGGCGAAGAAUUCUCUUAUGUACUAUCCUGAGGGUGUCCCUGAUGAAGAGCAGUUGUUCAAGAAACCACGUCAGGUAGUUCAUAAGAACACACGCUUCCUCCGGGACCCCUUCAGUCAGGCCCUGAGCAGGUCCCAGCUACAGCAGGCAGCUGCCCUGAAUGCCCAGCACAAACAGGGCAAGGUUGGCCCUGACGGCAAAGAGCUUAUUCCUCAGGAGUCCCCCCGAGUGGGCGGCUUUGGAUUUGUUGCCACUCCUUCUCCUGCUCCUGGUGUGAAUGAGUCCCCCCUGAUGACUUGGGGAGAAGUUGAGAACACCCCCCUAAGAGUGGAAGGGUCAGAGAGCCCCUAUGUGGACAGGACACCAGGCCCGACUUUCAAGAUCUUGGAACCAGGCCGCAGGGAGCGUCUGGGUCUGAAGAUGGCCAAUGAAGCAGCUGCCAAAAACCGGGCCAAGAAGCAGGAAGCAUUGCGGAGAGUCACAGAGAACUUGGCCAGUCUUACUCCCAAAGGCCUGAGCCCAGCCAUGUCCCCAGCCCUUCAGCGUCUCGUAAGCAGGACAGCCAGCAAGUAUACAGAUCGCGCCCUGCGGGCAAGCUAUACACCAUCCCCAGCACGUUCUACCCACCUCAAGACCCCAGCUGGUGGGCCACAGACCCCGACAAGCACACCAGCCCCUGGGUCUGCUACCCGCACACCCCUCACACAGGACCCAGCCUCCAUCACAGACAACCUGCUGCAGCUUCCUGCCCGGCGCAAAGCUUCAGACUUCUUUUAGAGCCAAGCCUGGCCGGACCUGUGGAUGCUUUGUGGGACACUUUGUAGAGCGUAUACGACAGCUGUCUACUCUUCAGAGGACUCCAGGCCUUGGAGAGCCAGACCACAGGCACCACAAGUGUGUAGUGCUGUGCCGUGGCCAGGUUGGCACAUCACACUGACCACUCCUCUUGGGAGUAUAGCAUUGGUGCUGUCCCCCAAGGCCCUGCUGAAACUGAACCCUCAUUAAAGAACACCUGGCACCAUCUGGCCGGGCUGCCAAUCCAUAUCCUGGGGCCCACCUGGGUGUCUCAGGACCUCAGGACUAAGAAUCAAGGGGCUCUGGGGGAGGAGAUGUGUAGCUGACAGAGCUGCCUUCUAUGCUGAGUUCACACCUGAGCCUUCCACUGUGAAGGGUAGCUCAGACCCCAAAAAUCAUGCCAUUGCACUCAUGGGUUCUGGGUCCAGCUCGGCAGCUCCCAGCUAGGUCUGACUAUUUGGAUUAUUGGUUACAGGCCCCGGUAGGUCCUGUUUAUCAGGCUAACACCAGGACGAGUCACUUUCCUGUGACUUCAGCUCUUACCUCCUAGCACCUAACUUCUAGCUCAGGUAGGCCUACAAUACCUCCCCGCCCUAAUCUCUGCUUAUCCCAGUGUUCUUGACACUUCCUCCUGGGCUCUGCCAAGACACCAGCCUUACCUCAGUCUGGGCUGUGAUAUGAAAAGAUGAAUUUGGGUUUGCUGUAAACCUGUGAGUGCCAUGUGCACCAGCAGCCUGCUCUUUGCCUGUGGAUUAAGGGUAACUAGCCCUCAGGUGACUAGUGGCCUACUGGGCCCAUGAGCCUAUGCCUUACAAAGGUGAAGAGUCCCUACUGUCUAGGCCUAUCAGAGUCUGAAACUAUGAUCUAAUUCCCCAUCCAAUGGUCUUGAAGCUGCUGGUGGUGUCACAGGGCUUGAGCUAUUCAGGUAGCCUAAAGCACACCUGACUCUUCUUAGCCCCAGACCCUGCUUUGAUUCCAUGAGAGCCACCUUUCGAGUCUGCUGGCGUUGGUCCACUCAGGCCUCUGCACUGGUGUUCUCUGGAAACCACCUGGGUUGGGUACUCCCUGCCUUGGCUCUUGUUCUGCCUGGUGUUUGUCUGUUUGACACAGCUGGAGUUACCCUAAGAGGAAGGAACCUCAACUGAAGAAUUACUUCUCAUCAGACUGUCCUGAGGGCAUGUCUGGGGGGGGGGCAUUUUCUUGAUUGCUAACUAAUGUAGAAGGGCCGGGCCCUGCAGCGGCAUACCUGGGUGGUGGCCCUGGGGAGUAAGAGCCUGGGAGUAGGCUAGAGAGAAGCCAAGAAGCAGCGGUCCUCCAUGGUCUCUGCUUUGGGUCCUCCUUGGGCUCCUGCUCUGGCUUCCCUCAGUGAUGGACCGUGACCUGAAAGUGUGCACUGAAAUAAACCAGUUCCUCCCCUAAGUUAUUUUUGGUGAAAGUUUUUAUCAUGGCAUCAGAGACAAACUAGGUCAGGCCUCUGCUAACCAGAUGUCCCCCAUGAGUUCCUGUGCCCUGGGAGCCUCAGUACUAGAACUGGGAUCCUAGGCUAGGGAGUUUGUACUUUUGUCUCUCAGGGAAGUUGAGCUUUAAUCCAAGGGGUUCCCUGAGUGAGUGGGAAGCAGAGACGGGAGAUGGGAGCAUGCAUGCUGCCUAGGUGCUGACCCCUUCAAGCAUUUGACCAGUGUGAGGGAAGGAUGUAACCAGGAAUGGCAUCUAGACACUUUGAUUGAGGAAUGCAGGUCGACAGGAUGGGGAAGAUAGCAACAAGCUGUCAGCUGGGCCACCCCAUUCCUGGGGAUAGGAGGGUGAGGCUUGAGCAGUUUUGAUUGUCUCUGAAGUUAAUGGAUACUGACCACUGGGGAGGAAUAAGACAGGGUCAGGGUAGCUUAUAUUGCAUUAGUUAAGGAAGAAGCAUGGAGCUGUCCAGGCCUGGAAGCCUUGGGGGUGGGAGAAGGCCAGAGGCUGACAAGCGUAAGCCUGGCAAAGGACUAUGGCAGAGGUCCCCUCUGCCACAGGCCUCAUUGAGUCUGCCUGGGCCUGAGUAUGCUGGACAUCCCCGCGCUGGAUGAGUCCUAGAGAAAAAGACUCCUCACUGGGCACUCUGAAUACUUGUAUACACUUUGUGAUUUAUUUGGUGGUCAGUAAUUAAUGUCUUUGCUACUAAGUGGAAAAAAGCUAAUAGAACGUAAUCAAAAUAGUGGUUUAA